UAUGGAAGAGCCAUGCGGUGCGGAAGCACAGAUGAGAUCGGACGACGGAUCCGCGCUGCAGGCGCAGGCGUAUAGCGGGCGUGAGCGCUACUACUGAUCUGUACACUCUUGAGCAUAAAUGGAGGGCGUUUGCUACAGGAACAAAGCAGUGUAUAUAGCCGCCGGGAUAGCAUGCCGGAUUCAACGUCCAUGCUCACAUCAACCCACAGUUUGGAUAAUACGCUGCUCUAAUUAGGAACAUAUAGAUGUGAAAGCGAAUGCUCGGACGCGAACAAUUCAAUGGUGAAGCCAAAGCAUUGUAGGCAAAUUUGUGGAACUGUGCCGGCAUCAGAAGAGGGUGAGAGUGCCAACCCGAUCGAGAACAUUUUCAAAUCAAGCACUAAUUGAGGGAAAUGUGAAAAAUUCAAAAUACGAAUGGAAGACCGCGAGCAUUAAAUAUUGGCGUGAAUAAAUAGUUAGUUACACAUUUGUCGAGGUACGAAUAUGAAAAGUUGCGAACUGCAAAUAAGUUCAUCAUUGUUAAGUGUAAAAGGCACAUGCAAAAUGCAUAUACAUACAUAUGUACAUAUAUAACCGUACGCCUUCAAUAAAAAUUUCCCACUAAAUGUUACAAAUGAAAAACGUAAAAUAUUUUCGAAUUAAAUAAACGAGUAAACUGUUUUGUGGAAACUCGCGCAAAGUGUUGUGAGUGCGAAAACUUUUAUGGAAUUUUAAGAGUAGAUAAACGUACAAAUCUUUCGACAGCAUAUUUAUAUAAUAAAGAUCAAAAAGAAAUGUAUUACAUACAUACAUAUAUAUUUAUGUACCUGUAUUUUUGCGUCAAUUCCUACACAUAAAGGAGGAACAUAAAAUAGCUUAAGCGAAUACACCUUACGCAUAGUACAUAUACCAAUUUAUUGUAUACGGUUAGUUUGUGAAUAUAUGCAAGAAAUACUUUAACGCUCAGAGAGAUCUAUUUAAAUCCAACGUAGAAGCAGAAGACAGGAAGAACAGAGCACACGCCGCCAUUAAGGAAAGUCACCGGAAAUAUAGCCCUUUGAAAAGCCAACAAUUCUGUCAUCAAACAAUUUGACAACUGCAAUACCGCAGAUAAGCGUCAAAAAUAAAAGAAGUAAAUCCAUCAACAGUAACAACAGCGAGACUCCACCGCAAGCCUGAAAAUACACCAAAGUAGCAACAAUAUUUCGUCGGUUGUAUGGUUGCAUCAUUUAGAUAUUUCCGCUCCAAAGGUGAUUGUCACAUGAAAUCGCUCAGUGGAUCAUCGCAGCGGCGCAAAGUAAUCAAACAUCAAACGUCGAACACCAAAUGAUAAACGGGAAAAACACAUGUUGCUUCCAAUCCAAAAAAGUGCGUGCAAAUGCAAAGCCAGCAACAACAAUUGUAGUAACUAGAAGUAGAACAGCACCCAACAACAAGUACAGCUUCUCUAAGUGGUAAAGAAGCAGUAAUAAAUUAAAAGAAGAAAUAGAAAGUCUCAAAUUAAAAGAAACUAAAGUGGAUUUCCGGUGAAUCAAGAAGUCAUCCGAAGAACUAACAACGCGCGCUCAAGAUGCUAAAGCAGCCGAAUGACGAAACCAUAUUCACAACACAUGUGUCAACGUGCACCCCUUGCGAGGCAUUUACAAAAAUAAACAGGCGGGUGCAACUAAAAAUGGAUUCAACACGCGACACACCUACAAACAUUGCAAAAACAACGAGUACAGUGCACAACAAGACUACAGCAACAGACAGCCACAACCACUCGGGCUGCCGCUGGAGGCAAAGUACGGGUGCCACGGUCAUAGACUCCGACAAGACGAGCCAUAAACCACAGCAUCGUCACAUAAAUUUCAAAAAUAGACGCCAUCGUCGCAGCGAAGUUGCCACAGCAACCAGCAGACGAACAUAUGCGUUCAGUAGCCGCGCAGGAAUAGUCAUACGCGCAGCUACACCCGCAAUGGCUGCAUUUACGGAACUCUUUAAGCUAUUCACUUUCAGUAUUCUUUUGUUUUGUAUUUUGAAUCGGCUCGAUCCGGUGUUUGCCCGGAAGCCCACUUCACAGGAGCUAAACGAUUACGACGAUAGUAUAUUCGAGGUGCAGAAGCGUAGCGAACAGGAUGUUAAUGCAGAGACAGCAGCUGAAAACGGCGACAUCGACGGCAUUGGCGGCGAAGAUGGAGGCGGUCAGGCGAGGAACGGUAGCAAGUCAAUCCCGGAUUUCGCACCACGCUUCAAGUCGUCAAAGCCUCCUCCGAAUAUAUACUCAAAACCUUCGGGCAGUUAUAUACAGUUAACAUGCCCGGCUGUUGGUAAACCAGAGCCAAACAUCACGUGGACGCGCAAUGACACAAAGAUCAACCGUCAUAUGGGACGCGUUAAGAAGUCAAAAUGGGCUAUCAACAUGGAGGAUCUGGUGCCUGAGGACUCUGGCGUAUACAAGUGCAGGGUGUGUAAUUACCUGGGUUGCAUUGAACAUGCAACAAAGCUGAUCAUCAGUGAUCGCGUCAACCACAAACCAAUCAUACUAAAAGCUCCAGCUAAUCUAACAUUGCCCUUAAAUGCAAGCGGCCAAAUGGAAUGUGUCUUUCUGUCAGACCUUUACAGCAAGAAAACGUGGACUUUCACGCCAUGCAACAAGACUGCAUGCUCGAAGAAUUACACCUUUUUGAAACACGCUGAAGACAUAGACAUUUUGAAUUUUACGAAUGUCACACCUAUUAAUGAAGGCUGGUACACCUGCAUCGAAAUGAAUGGCCUGGGCCAAUCCUACAGCAAAGCCUACCUGCAUGUGCAAGACCCGAGUGUACGCGCUGUAGCGAAAUUUAUGCACGGAUAUGAGAUUUGGGGUGUCGUGGCCGUCAUGGUGCUACUGGGGUUGGUCUGCAUCACAUUCUUCGUAUAUGUGUUGCGCAAAGUUAAACACGAAAAGCUACUCAAACAACGCAUUGAAACAGUGCAUCAGUGGACAAAGAAAGUGAUAAUUUAUAAACCGCCAAGUGGCGAUUCCAGCGGCUCGAUGGACACCAUGAUAAUGCCGGUGGUGAAAAUCGAAAAACAACGCACAACCGUGUUGCAGAGCUCCAACUCGGAGCCGGCACCAUUCAAUGAGUAUGAGUUCCCGCUGGAUUCGAACUGGGAAAUACCGCGCUCGCAGCUGAUACUAGGCGCUACACUGGGCGAAGGCGCUUUUGGCCGCGUCGUCAUGGCCGAAGUGAAUAACUCUAUUGUCGCCGUUAAAAUGGUGAAAGAAGGACACACCGAUGAUGAUAUUGCAAGUUUAGUGCGCGAAAUGGAAGUUAUGAAAAUCAUCGGUAAGCAUAUCAAUAUUAUCAAUUUGCUUGGCUGUUGCAGUCAAAACGGCCCACUUUACGUGAUUGUUGAGUUCGCACCACAUGGUAACCUAAAGGAUUUCCUCAACAAAAAUAGGCCGCUAUCUGCAGGCACACUGAAAGAUUAUGGCGAUCAACAGCAUCAGUUGCCGCUACCAAAGCACAUUCUAACCGAGAAGCAUCUCAUUUCGUUCGCCUUCCAGAUCGCGCGCGGCAUGGAGUACUUGGCAUCUCGGCGUUGCAUACAUCGCGACUUGGCCGCGCGCAAUGUAUUGGUUAGCGAUGACUAUGUCAUGAAGAUUGCUGACUUCGGUUUGGCACGCGACAUACAGGACACCGACUACUAUCGAAAGAAUACCAAUGGUCGUUUGCCCAUCAAAUGGAUGGCGCCAGAAUCGCUGCAGGACAAAUUCUAUGAUUCGCAAAGUGAUGUCUGGUCUUAUGGCAUACUGCUCUGGGAGAUUAUGACUUUUGGUGCACAACCAUAUCCCACCAUCAUGUCCGCCGAAGAGCUUUACAGCUAUCUGAUGUCAGGGCAGCGUAUGGAAAAACCGCCUAAGUGCUCACUGAACAUUUAUAUGCUAAUGCGUCAGUGUUGGCAUUUCGAUGCCAGCGCGCGACCCACUUUUGCUGAGAUCGUCGAGAACUUAGACAAAUUGCUCUUGGCAAAUGAAGAUUAUCUGGACGUGGCCGUGGCGAAUCUGGAAACGCCCCCCUCAUCUAGCGACGAAGAAUCGGAUGUUGAAUCUCUGCGCUAUCACUACAAAUGAACUAUACGUGGUAGUGCGGAGACUGUGUAUCCAAAGGUUGUAUGUAAAUAGAAGCACAAUGGCGUUUACGAAAUCCGUGCGCUGUCACACACACACGCGCACUCUUUAGAAUUAGCUAACGAAAGUAUUUAAACACUCGACAUUAUGCGAGCUCAAACUACUUGUAAGUGUAACAGUUAAGGCUUAUGUAACUACAUAUGUAUAUUCUAGUUAUUACGUAACAAUAGAUAUCAAAUAGUAUAAAAUCUCUAAGGGCGCUGUUAAGCAGACGGUCAUAUGAUCCCCGGUCACGGAACUUUUUCUCUAAUUUUUUCCAUUUUUACUCUCUUUGCCCAACAUGAUGUUCUGCAGAGGGUCAAACGACCAGCGUACUUCUUUAGCUCGGUUGCAUUUCUUUGGUAUAUUAUUUUACUAUAUUUUAAAUAUCGCACACUAAAUCAAAAACCGUCACAACUCAAAAAAUCCUAAAUGUUCAGCAGAGGCAAAAAACUGUUGAUGCUGCGCAAUCGACGCAAGCAAAACUAAGAAGUUUUAGUAGUAUUUUUCCAGUUAAAGAAGAUAGUGAUGAAGAAAAAAUGUUCGCGGACGUUUUAUGGAAAAAAAAUAAAUUUUGACAAAUUUUGUGUUGUACCGGUUUUUUAUUUAGAGUGCGAUAUGUGUUAUGAUAUGACGUAAAAAAAUAAGAAAUGGCAUAUGUAUGUAUGUGUAUAAAAACAUGUCAAAAGCAAACAAAACAAGAGUUGCUAUCAUUAGGUUUAUUCUACAUAUGUACAUAUGUAUGUACUACUUUGUACACAUCUGCAGCAAAGAUGUAGCAUUCUGCUACUAAAAGGAGAAAUGGUAUGAAAAAUACUCCAUGCUCCAAUACUCAUGCGUUCAGUUCUCUCGCUCGCUCUUAAUUUUUUCGUUUUGCAGUGAGAGCAACAACAAUUGGUGACCAGGGAUCAUAUAAUCGCCUGCGUAGCAUCGCCUUAAGUGAGAAAAUUGAAGAAACCAAAGGUAAAAUACCAAAAAUUAGUUAAGAAACAGGCUACAAUGGCCAAUUGUGCAAUCCGCAGCUCAAAAUAAUUUACAAAUAUCUUUGUACUUGUAUGUCUUAAACCUAAUACCAUUGUAUCCUCCGGCAAUUAAAUUUGUAUUUCAUGUAUGUAUGUAUUUCUAUUCAUUUGUAAGGUAUGUAAGGACAUACUCAUACUCCAUAAGACUAACUGUGCUAAAAACUGGUGCAACAAAAAUAGUGAUUAACGUAUCCAUGGACUCCUCCUUCCCCUAUAAAGUAUGUUAUGGAUAACAUAUUCUCCUUCUUCCAUUUGAUAAUUCGUAUGUAUCAAAUUAUAUUGAUAAGCAUAUCGUAAGCCACGAUUUUGUACUGAGCAAUAGCUAUUUAAUGUCCAUAAAAAUCCCAAGCAUAUGUACUAUAUACAUAUCUAUUUACAUACGUAUGUACAUAAAUACCAAUUUCAUACAUACAAAUUCAAGUAU